CAAAAUCUAAAUCUCGGAAAAAAAGAGGAGAAAAAUAAAUUUUCUCGAAAAAAUUUGGUUUGGUCUCCAGUUAAAACUACAAAAAAAAAAAUAGUCAUAAAAAAUAAAUCAAAUUAAAUAAGUUUCGCAGAGUUUCGUUGCGUUCAAGUUCUAGUUCCAGAUAUUAUAACUUUAUUUUUGAGUACUGUUGCCGGACAUUAUGGGAAGGACGAUAUCGUUGCAGGUCACGUUCUAGAUAUAGUUUUUGCGAUAAUCGUGUAGGAUGGGUAGAGGCAAGGGUAAAGGAAAAGGCAAAGGGAAAGGGAAAGGCAAAAAGAAGAAGCCAACUAUUGUAGCUCUACCGCAAGCCAUAGUCCAAGAGUGUCCACCAUGUCCCGAGCCACCAAAACUGAUACAGCCAUUGGAUCCAUGUCCCGAGUCAACCGGUCCUCAUGAUGUGCUCCGCGCACAGCCCAAUCAUUACCCGGCUUUGUUGCGUAUACCGGAAACGAUGGCCGUUGUUGGCUCCGAGAAUGGAUGCUACGAUAGCAUCUGUAAGCUGCUGCGCGCCGGAUUUCGCUGUGCGGAACGCGUCUUUGUCAUGGCGCCCUGGGGCAAUUAUGUAGUAUUCCGGUUCCACAACAACAACGAUUUCAUCUACUUCCUCUAUGAUGGCUGCACUUGCGACGUAAAUCGAUUCCGUUAUCUGGACCUUAGCUGCGGCACCGCCGGCUUCCUUUUCUUCAGCAACAUGCACGACGUCAUCAGCUACAUAAUACAAUCACGCAAGACGCGCCUGUAUCUGGAGAAUCUGAACAAGAUAGCUAUCGAUCAAAUUGUCGAGGAAUAUGGCGCCGUCACAUACACCCAGAAGGCCAAGUGUAUGCGCUUCUCGUAGAAUACAUGGCCGCCAAAUGGUAUGACACGUAUGGACGAUGCUCACGUUAUGGCAAUCGGCAUCCGGCACAGUUAUUUGCAUUGAACAUUGUGGACAACGCUCUAUUCUGAUUCAAGCGAAUUCAUUUCGGUACAAGACUC